AUGGGAAUACAAAAAGGUCUUGCUCAAUGGCGAGUGGGGCCGGUGGUGAAUGUGCCGGUAAUGCUAUCUCCUCGGAAUCAACUACAGACAAAAUUUUAUCCAAUGUAUCCUGUUGAUGCGAGAAAGUUAGGUAACUCUUCCAGGUUCCAAGCCCACGGAGGAUACCGAUCCAUCGAGACCCAUUUCUUGGAUUAG